AUGGUAUCCAAGCGUCAUCACAUGAGAGGCCGUCAAGCUCGACCAACGAGGACGGACAAUCGUAUAUGUGCGCAUAACCCGAAGCAUAACGCGAAACCGAAGCCUACGAAUCAUCCUGAUGCCCCUUGUGCUGAGUGUGGCUCCCUUGUUCAUCAACUGGGUGGACAUCCCAAUGCCAAUACGCCCUACGGAUAUCUAAAAGGGUGCUUGCCGUGCAAUACCAAAGAUCAUUCCAUCUCUACAUGUCCUCGGUAUCGGGGAAGCGCGAGACGAAGACAGUUAUUUUACUGGUAUCGGACAAUGAGAGAGGGAUUAUGCCCAGGCGAAUGGCACGAAGAUCCCAGAGAGAUUGCCAACAUGUCAGGUCUCUAUACACUUCAACAUAUGCCUCGAAGACCUGAUUUUGCUUUACAAUAUCCGUACGAACAUCCUGAAGCCUUCCAACCACCAGCCAAGGGCGGAGAUCCCGAAGAACUACGUCGUGACCCUUACUGGAUGUCGGACAAAGCAUGGGAAUAUGUUGGAAUGUUUACGAACCUAGAAGCCCGAACGAACUCUGAUUUUCGACGAUUAGAUCCUGAAUCGAUUGAGUAUCUGGAGUACAUCGAGGACAUUAGGGAGAAUCUCAGAGGACAGAUAGUGGAUGGACAAUCAUCGAAGCCGACGUUGCUGCAGCUGUGCAACUUUUCUGAUGUUUACGACAUGUUGAAGCCGGUUACCGAUAAUAGAACGAGCGAUGAGCGUAUUUAUGAUUGGGAGAUUGAUCUCAAUUUCAGUCCAGCAAGCAUCGGUGGACUUUGCCAUCCUCGUGCAGAAAGCUACGACCAAUCUGGCUUUCCUGCGCGAGAUGAUACUCCGGGACCAAAGCCUCCUUCAGCACCAGGCAGCUACACCCAGCCUACUCAAAGUGGUUUCGACGCCUAA